AUGACGGAUUUGCAACUCCCUAAUCGGAUAAUCGCAUAUGGUGAAGAAGCGCUGGGAGAGCGAGUAAAUGUAUAUCACAAGAUGAAAACCCUCUCCUUGAUAAUCGACGCCAUGGAUGAUGAAGAGAGGGUGUGGAUACGGUCGACUGGUUUUGGAAAUCUUAUGGAUUUCCCAGAUAAACCCGCCUGGUCAGCUUCCUUUGGGCUUUUCCUUUUGUCAAGACAGCUCGAAGUUGCUCGUGCUCAUGAAAUCUGGGUAGUUUUCGCUGGUACCCCGGUUAGGUUCUCUUUACGCGAAUUCAAGAUUGUUACCGGUCUCCAAUGCGGUAGGUUUCCGAAUAUGCAGAAGAGGAAAAGAAAAGGGACUGCAGGUAUUAAAAUUCCUUACUACAGUACACUUUUUGGGCUCGAGGAGGACGUCACCGUCGAUCGAGUAAUAUCCAUGCUUAAGAAGAGGCAUGUGACAGAUAAGGAGAUUCGGAAAAGGUUUGUUUGUCUUGCCAUAGUGGAUGGAUUCCUUGUGCCUACAUCACACUACCCUAAAAUUGUCAAAGAACAUGCGGAGAUGUGCGAGGAUCUACAGUUCUUUCUUUCAUAUCCUUGGGGGCGGCUAUCCUUUGAGAUGAUGAUGAAGUCUAUCAAAGAUAGGGAUGUUGUGCAAUUGGCUACCACCUCCGCUCCUGCAAUUCAAGAGGGAUCACCAUCCCACGAGCAUCCGUGUAGCGAUUCCGAUGAAGAGCCUGCUGCCGACGCCGGAACUCGCCACUCUGUACCACUAAAAAUUUCUAAUGCGAAACGGUUGGACAGUAACUGUGAGAUUUUGGUUGACCCGAUUAUAUCCCCCGAUCUCGAGAUGGAUACCGACGAGGAUCUGACUUGGGAUGACGACUGUGCUGACGUGGCGGUUGAUAACAUUGUGUCGCUAGCAGAGGAGGGUUUUUUGUUCAAUAACGACAUGUUUACCGGAGGAUGCAUUCCAUCCCAGUUGGAGUUGGCGCCCAAGAAGCAGAAACGGGGAGUGAAGGCCAAAAUUACCAGAGCUAGGAAAGCCCAAAAACCUUCUUCUUCCCAAGCUGGAAUGAAUAGAGAUCGCGGAACCGCUGUUCAAGCUCCCUCUGGUGUGUCUGGUAUGUGCAAUCUAGCAACGCUCUCCCGUCUGUUGGACUCGAAGCUGGCCGCAAUGGAGGCUCGGAUCAUAAAGGGUGUAACUGAUUUGAUAACAACCAACGCAAACAGAGUUUUUCCCAAACACUCUGAUGUGCUUGAUUCUGGUUUAUCCGACCACCAGAGGACUAAUUCACCAACCCCUACAUCCCCGAAACAACCGUCUAAGGGAAUUCAUCGCUUGGAAACUUCGCCUGAGAUUGUUGUCGAGGAUACCAACCGGCCUACUCCCAUUCACUCCAUUGCCGAGACUGAUGUUGUCUACACCAACCGGGCCGCCGCCAUGAACUCCAUUGCUGCUGUUCUGUCGUGUUAUCAAGACAACUCCAACGCGCCCAAUAUUGCGCAGACAGCUCCUAAGAACCCUGCUGUUACCCCUGAUGCAGGCGCGGAAACUAUACUGCCUGUUAACAAGGAUUCUGAGGUUGGCGGUGGGUGUGUCUUGAAUGGUUGUGAUGGUAGAAUUGAGACGCAGCCGCUUGGCUUGGUUGUUGGUGAUGGAGUAGGCUUUACCUCUUAG